AUGGUGUUUCUAUACGCGAAGGAAUGGUGCUCUUUCGCGCAAAGAAUUGCGUCAGCCGCGUGUCGUAUCCUCGCUCCCGUCAAUAUAUCGCCGAUCGUCGGCCGUUUCGCGGUCGAUCGCGAGAUAAAUUCCACUGUGUCCGUCCCCCUCCCGGCACGACCAUCACGUCGUCGUGCUCGUGGAUCGCGCGUUGAUCCGUGCCGUCACUGCCGUCGCGUCGACGCGGUGAUAUCGCGGCGGUCGGUGCGUAGCGCGGCGGCGAUCGAUAAACGCGAUCGAUAUCGGGAUUGUCGCUCGCGCGUUCGUGAGUGGUGCAUACAUCAUAUCGGAUACGUGUCGCGAUACGCGCGCGCUCGCGCGCUGGAAAAACUCUUAUUAUGCGACUACCGAAGUCGCGCCAUAACCGGGAACGGCGGGGAUCGGAUUAACCGAGAAGAUAGAACGCGAGACGAAGCGGAGAAGAAGCGGCGGCUGCGGCGGCGGAGGAAGAAGAGGAGGUGGAGGAGAAAGAAGAAGAAAGAUUUCAAGAUAGAGGGAGAUAAUCACCGCGACGGACGAGGACACGACGAGGACGAGCACGUGUCCUCCCUGUAUCCGGAGAUUCUAGCCCUCAUCUUCAGCUAUCUCGACGUACGCGACAAGGGACGCGCCGCUCAAGUAUGCACCGCGUGGCGCGACGCCGCCUACUAUCGCUCGGUUUGGCGAGGAGUCGAAGCGCGACUGCACCUCAGGAAACAGGCGCCGGCGUUAUUCGCUAGCUUGGUAAGACGCGGCGUGAAGAAGGUACAGGUGUUGUCAUUGCGACGCGGCCUCAGCGACGUUCUAAAGGGCGUGCCGAAUCUCGAGGCACUCAACUUGUCCGGUUGCUACAACAUCACCGACUCCGGUAUCACGAACGCUUUUUGCCAGGAAUACCCGUCCCUCAUCGAGCUCAACCUAUCGCUCUGCAAGCAAGUGACGGAUACCUCGCUCAGCAGGAUAGCGCAGUUUCUGAAGAAUCUCGAGCAUCUUGAACUGGGUGGUUGCUGCAACAUCACCAACACCGGUUUGCUGCUGAUCGCAUGGGGCCUGAAGAAACUCAAGCGACUGGAUCUACGAAGUUGCUGGCACGUUUCUGACUUGGGCAUUGCUCAUUUGGCUGGACUGAAUCGCGAGACCGCCGACGGUAAUCUCGCCUUGGAGCACCUGAGUUUGCAGGACUGCCAACGAUUGAGCGACGAGGCGCUCAGGCACGUGUCGCUCGGUCUAACCACCCUCAAGUCCAUCAACCUGUCGUUCUGCGUGUGUAUCACUGAUUCCGGUGUCAAACACCUGGCCAGGAUGUCGAGUCUACGCGAGUUAAACCUACGCUCGUGCGACAACAUCUCCGACAUCGGCAUGGCGUACUUGGCCGAGGGCGGCAGUCGCAUCACGUCGCUCGACGUGUCGUUCUGCGACAAGAUCGGCGAUCAGGCACUCGUGCACAUCUCUCAGGGUCUGUUCAACCUAAAGUCCCUGUCACUGUCCGCCUGCCAGAUCAGCGACGAGGGUAUCUGCAAGAUCGCCAAGACCCUACACGACCUCGAGACCCUCAACAUCGGCCAGUGCAGCCGGCUCACUGACCGGGGUCUGCACACCGUCGCCGAGAGCAUGAAGAAUCUCAAGUGCAUCGACCUGUACGGCUGCACGAAAAUCACCACCAGCGGCCUCGAGCGGAUCAUGAAGCUGCCACAGCUCAGUACGUUAAAUCUUGGUCUGUGGCACGUGCGGUGAUGGCUUUUUCCGUGGCUAAGUGCUCUGGACGAACGCUGCCAACGUUACCGUCAUCGUCAUCGGCAUCGUCAUCGUUACCAAGGCGACGACGACUCCUCGCAGCGACCCAAGGAUAACUACGUCUUCGCGCGCAUGUUCCUGCCGCAGGCGGUAAGUCCGUUUCUGUCGCUCGGCGCACGAAGUCGCCCGAGCGCCCUCGACAUCGGUAUCUACGACGUCGUCGGCGAAUAGCGUAAAUAGCGAAUUUAGCUCGUUUCUCCGCCCGAGAUGGGAAUUUCCCCUCUCUCUCUCUGGAGAGAGAGAGCGAAACAACCGCUGGUUCUCGAGGGGCACUGUUUUUCAAGAUUGGCCCAAUUUUUACCCUUUUAGAGUAAGUUUCCAUUUCAAAGAAUUUAGAGUUUAUUUUCGUACUUUCAACAUGACAAAUUAAACUCGUCGAAAUAAUAAUUAAUUCGAAUCUUUAAUCUAAAAAAUGUUAUAUGUCGAUUACCAACU